UAUAAUUUAUGGAUAGUGUAGUUUAGGUCGACAUAAAAAUAAUAGACAAAAAUAAAAAAUGAUAAAAUUAUUGAUCCUUUUUCUAUGCGUGAUUGUUUUGGUUUCGUGUAACAAAUACACGAAUAAUGAAGGCUGCACGAAAGAUGAAAGUGGAAACGAGCAGUGCGUAAAGAAAGAUGAAUAUGAGGACGACGAUGAAGAUGAUGAGCCAGUGUUUUAUGAAAUUGAAGAAAAAAUGAGGACCCGUGAACCCCUAUUUCAAUGGGACCCGGUAAAAGUCGGUCACGUGAGGGAAGUUAAAAUGGAAGACGGAAGUAUUAAGAAAAUAGUUACCAUGGCAUUAAAACCUAAAAUAUUUGUGAUUGACAACUUUCUAACAGAUGAAGAAUGUGAUCAUAUUAUCGAGAAGGCAAAAUAUUUUGGGCUCAUGAAUAGUGGUUUGCAUAUUGAUGAGAAGAUCAAGAUGAGCAAAAUCGAGACUUACGGAAAAGCAAAAAGUACGUUUGGCGAUUACAAAUACUGGGAUUUAAAUAUGAAUGGAGAAAUAACAAGAAACGAGGUUAUCGAUCUUGCUAGAAGAAACUUAAAGCUAUACAUUAAUGAAACAGAUGUCAAAACAAUGUUUGAAGAAUUAGGUUUGCAUGAACUCGAUGAUGGUGUUAUAACACGUGAAGAGUUUGCCUCGAUGAACACAGGUGGUAUCACAGAAUAUUUAAAACAACUCCGUGAAACACAUCCAAGAUUCCGUGAUCGGUUCAGCGAGCAAAUCUGGUUAAAACAAGGAAAUAAAUCGGAUGUUAUUAUGCAGAAACUCCGAAGAAAGGUUAUCAGCCUUACAAAUCUACCUGCUUAUAUUGUUGAAGGUGGUGAACCUUUGCAAGUGUUAAACUAUCAACCGUUUGGUCACUACCACGCCCAUUUCGAUGGACAAAGUGACACAGAAUACCCCAAUUAUCCCUGCUGUCAUAUGGACGCAGAGUCACAACCCACCAACUGCAGAUUGUGCAGAUUCGUCACGAUUGUAUAUUAUUUAAACAAUGUGGAGGAGGGUGGAGAGACGGCUUUCCCAGUUGCUGACAAGAAAGAUUAUGAUCACGAUGAAUUCAGAAAACGCAAGGUGGAGGAUUUUUAUAAUUUAAGUAAAUUUUGUCACAACGCAAGUGUGGUGGUGAAGCCAAAGAAAGGACGAGCUGUCAUGUGGUACAACCAUCACAUGGAUAAAGACGGAUGGUUAGGUGCGAUGGAUUACUAUUCGUUACAUGGUGGUUGCGAUAUCAUAAAAGGUACAAAAUGGCUGGCCAAUAAUUGGUUAACAGCUCCACCAGCAAAAUACGCUUACAUGGAUAGCCUUUAUUAUACGGGAGAAGCAGAAGGCGCUUAUUAGCUCAACAAAGAAAUAACGAAAGAAUAAAUAGUAGUAAAUGUAGAUCAAUGACAAUAUAUUAUUUGUAUAGUAGAAUUUGACGAGCAUAAUUUUAUAUAUAUAACAAUACUUAACAAAA